AUGACAGCAGAACUUGAGGCUGAAAUUACGGCUCAAGCCGACUUGGUGCGCAAAUUGAAAGGAGACGCGAAAAGUACAGAGGAAGACAAGAAGUCGGCCAUCGACAAGCUGCUUGCGUUGAAGCUCUCAUUCAAGGAGCAAACUGGCAAGGACUACGCUGGAACUGGUGGUGGUGGACGGCAAGGGGGAAAGGACAAGAAAAAAGAAGAAAAGUCAGCUCCCAAGGUUGAAGAGAAGACAGAUGGGAAGAAGCAAUCAAAGUUGGGCAUUGAAGUCAAAAAAGACGAGAAUUAUUCGGAGUGGUAUGGUCAGGUAAUUACGAAGGCUGAAAUGAUCGAAUACUACGAUGUUUCUGGUUGUUAUGUGCUUCGUCCUUGGUCGUAUGCUAUUUGGGAGGGAAUUCAACAAUGGUUCGAUGCUGGAAUCAAAAAAUUGGGUGUCAAGAAUUGCUAUUUCCCAAUGUUCGUCUCUAAUGCCGCUUUGGAACGAGAAAAGACACAUAUUGCUGAUUUUGCUCCAGAGGUUGCUUGGGUGACCCGGGCCGGAAACUCGGAAUUGGCCGAACCAAUCGCCAUUCGUCCCACAUCGGAGACUGUCAUGUAUCCAUCAUACAAGAAAUGGGUUCAAUCAUAUCGUGAUCUGCCCAUCAAACUCAAUCAAUGGUGCAAUGUUGUGCGCUGGGAAUUCAAACAUCCAACUCCUUUCCUUCGGACUCGCGAGUUUCUUUGGCAAGAAGGUCAUACUGCUUUCGCGAACCCAAAAGAUGCUGAAGAAGAAGUGUUCCAAAUUCUGGAUCUUUACGCUGGAGUCUACACCGAUCUUCUCGCCAUUCCUGUUGUGAAGGGACGAAAAUCGGAGAAGGAAAAAUUCGCUGGAGGUGAUUUCACGACGACCGUCGAAGCUUAUGUGCCUGUGAAUGGACGUGGAAUUCAAGGAGCCACUUCUCAUCAUCUUGGACAAAACUUCUCAAAGAUGUUCGACAUCGCUUUCGAGGAUCCAAGUGGAAAUGGACAAAAAGUGUUUGCUUGGCAAAAUUCUUGGGGACUCUCGACAAGAACAAUUGGCGCAAUGGUGAUGAUUCAUGCUGAUGACAAUGGUUUGGUUCUUCCUCCCCGAGUGGCUUGCAUUCAAGCAAUCGUCAUCCCUGUUGGAAUCACUGCCAAGACAACAGAGGAGCAACGAAAGCAGAUCAAUGAUCAAGCAGAGAAAGUUGUUGCCGAAUUAAUCGCUGGAAAGAUUCGCGCUGAAGCUGACUCAAGGGACAAUAACACAUCUGGCUGGAAAUUCAACCAUUGGGAAUUGAAAGGAGUUCCUGUCCGCAUUGAGGUUGGACCCAAGGAUUUGGAAGCCGAUCAAGUGACGGCAGUGAUUCGCUUUGAUGGAAAGAAACGCACAAUCAAACGGGAUCAACUUGUUGCUGAGUUGCACAAAACCUUGGAGGAGAUUCAUCAAGCCAUGUACAACAAGGUUCUCGAGUCUCGAAAUGCUCACAUGAAAGUGACGACGGAUUUCGAGGAGUUCAAGCGAUUGCUCGAUGACAAAUUCGUGCUUCUUUCACCAUUCUGCGGUGAGCCUGCUUGUGAGGAGGAGAUCAAGAAACAUUCAACACGUGACGAUGGUGAUGCUGGAACGGCGCUGAUGGGAGCCAAGACGCUUUGCAUCCCACUUGAACAGCCCAAAGAGGCUCUUCCCGAGAAAUGCAUCAAUCCCGGUUGUGCGCACAAAUCGAAGGCUUUCGCCCUGUUUGGACGCAGUUAU